GAAAGUAAGUCGUAAUUUGCGCAGUUUUUAAAUAAUGAAAAGAAAAAGGAAGAAACCUGAAAAAAGCACCGGAAACUGCGGUCAUAUGACAGGAAGUAAAAAAAAUACGGAAGUGCUUUGUUUUUGUUUUACAGCAGCCAGCUGUCAGGUGUUUCUUUAGGCUGCAGAUGUCGUUUUAAAUCUGUUAUUCAAACAGCCAGAGGUCGACGCAGUCAACCACCGAGGGGUCUCAGAUUUUCCGCCUUGGUCUUCAUCAUGGCGGAGCCCACAGCAUCUGGCGUGUUCUGUAACAGGAUGCUGAGCAUGGUCAACUCUGAGGAUGUGAACGCCAUCAUCCAGGCUCAGAGGCACAUGCUCGACCGCUUUGAGAAAACCAAUGAAAUGCUGAUCAACUUCAACGGGCUGUCGAACGUGCGUCUGCAGCAGAUGAACGAGCGCUUCCUGCUCCACACCCGCACACUCGUGGAGAUGAAGAAAGAUCUGGACAGCGUCUUCAGAAGGAUCAGGACACUAAAAGGGAAGAUUGCUAAGCAGUAUCCAGAAGCUUUCAGCAAUAUCCAUGAGUCACCCAUCCUGGAGGACGACGAUGAUGAGUUUGACCCAGUUCCCCCCAGUGUUGCUGCAGCAAUUACAACAGCCACCUCGGAGCAGAGCACAGAGUCCUGUGACACAAGUCCAGAUGUGAUCUCACCCACUGUGAGCAGAUGCUCUGAAGAUCUCUCUCAAGAGCCGCCUGACACGCCCACCUCCGAUGUCCUAGAGACAGCCGUCCUACGGGACGAGGGUCCUGACUCUGUACCUGCAGAAUAGAGCGAGCAGUUUGUGAAUGGAUUUCAGUCUCUUGAGCUUCAACCUUAAAACUAUUUUAGCAGGAGGCCAUGCUGUAUAUUUGAGUUUGUGUUGGCCUCUACAAUGCUUGCUGACUUUUCCAGUCAUUAAUCUGUCUGUUGGGAAGAGCAUCAUAACUUUGAUGUUAGAUGUGUCUAUGAACCGUCUAUGAGGACGCUGGAAUUUUGUUGGCAUGCUUAUUUGUCCUUUGCUCGCACAGCACUAAAAUAAUGCAGAUAAUACUUGAAGUUGUAUAGUAUCUCACUAUAGAUGUACUGUAUAUCUGUGGUACUCACAGUGAACCGGAGCAAAAGCCCUCACUCAUUAUGUGUUGAUAAGCAUAUUUAAUUUUUUGUUUUUGUUUGAAGAGAUACACGCCUGACUGAAGGAUGAAAUAUCUCAUGAUGUCUCUCAUGAUUUAUGUUACUUGAAAGACAAAAGUUAGUGUUCUCAACCUGAAUAAUAGUAGUUAGGGUUUGCGAGUAGUUACUACUGUUGUUCUCAUACUGAUACAAUACUGUCACAUUGCAGCAUUGUUAUUCUGUGGGCCCCUGUUUGUUAAUGCAGCAUUUAAUCUGAUGAUUUAUCGAUCCCUGCCAUGAAAUUCUCUUUGUUUGCCUCCUUCAUCGCAGGGAAGUCAGGGAUUAGGUUAAUUGUCAGGGAUUCAGCAAACUAUUCAAGGAGCAAGACAGAAGCUCUUUGAUACGAGAGCUGAAAAACAGGUUGUGUGAGUGGAGGAUCCAAGCACUCCUUGCUGCCCGUUUAAAGAUACCGUUUUGGUGUAAAAGGGAAAGUCCAGCCUAAAUGGACUUCAUUUGUUAUUUCUGUCAUAUUUUUACAUCUCGGUUUUCAUUUGUGGAUUUGAAAAAUUAUCUCCUUGAAAAGCAGAGAAAGCGAGUAUAGUGACUAAAUGCUGAAGCUGUUCAAUAGUGGGAGAUUAAUAAUUGUAUUGACUCUAUUAUCCACAAACAGUGGAAUAAUAUGAAUUCACACAGUGGAUUUUUACUUUGAAGUUAAAGAUAAUGUCAGAAUUAGGAUUGUGUGUUGAAAAUUUUUUUUGGCUCAAGUAUAUGAACAACAUCUCUGACAAACUGAGUCCUUUGAUUAAAAAAAAACAAACAAACAAAAAAAAAGUGUGAGUUACAGCUAAGUCAUUACAUUGGAUAAACUGAAUAUGUUCUUUUGGUACUUAAAUUCAGUAGAAAAUCUAAUUUAAACAACAUUUAAGUUAAAUGACCAGAAAUGUGUAGGCCCUCUCAAAAUGUAGGCAUUAAGGCAAUAAAUAAGGUAGAUUCAAGGAUGAAAUACCAGUGGGGCUAUGCUGGCACCCAAAAGCCCAAGGAUCAGUGUGUAGCAAGUGGUUUGUGGUGGCAUGAUUGAUUGUAACUUUGUUUGCAAAUAUGAAAUGAAAAGGUAUAAAGUCUUUCUGAUAAACUGUA